UGAGGUUCGCGAUGUCUUCGCUGCUACAACGUCAUAUCCUUCUUAUCAUUUUCCUGUCAGUCUCCGCAAAUGCUGGCGAUGUCCACUUAAGUUGCGAUGAGUUCGAGCAGCAUUUGUAUAUGGAUGUGAGUGAGGCCUUUUGCACGGUGACAGGUUUCACAGUUACACACAGUCAAAACGUCUUGGUCAAGAACAUACCUCAUGGUAAUAUGGUAAAAUUCAUGAAAUUCUAUGACUCCACGCUGCUGUAUGUCCCCUUUCACUUAUUCGAAACACUGGGUCAUUUAAAAACACUAGACGUGUCCUAUACAAGUAUUUUGGAGCUAACACGCAACACAUUCAGUGCGGCCAGUAAUCUGACAUAUCUAAACUUGAGCUACAACAAUCUUACAUCAGUUCAGACAUCGGUCUUCAUAGGAGCGAAUGCGCUAAUGCGUUUGGAUUUGUCCUACAACAAGAUAUCUGUCUUGAGUGAAAAUGCAUUUUGCGGAUUGCAGAUAUUAAAUAAGCUGCAACUAACUGGCAAUCGCCUGACUGAGCUACACAAGGACACUUUUAAGGACAAUGACUAUUUGGAAUCGGUAUCGCUGGAAAGCAAUAUGCUGACCUAUGUUCAACCUGAAGUAUUUAACCGUAUGCGCCGCAUUAAAGAGGUGAAUUUGUCGAAUAAUCGGUUAAUACGCAUUCAUCCGGAUUCAUUUGCUGAAGCAGCCAGCCUAGAGAGUCUAAUGUUAGCCACUAAUAAACUAACGGAUUUUACUUUGACCGAUAAAAGUAUUGUCCAUCAACUACAUUUGGACUAUAAUCAGCUAUCCAAUCUGACCAUUAAUGCCACUCGCUUUGUAAGAGCUAAUUAUAAUAAUAUAAGUGCUCUAUAUAUACAUCAAUCGCUACAAUUGGAGACCCUUGAACUUCGCGGCAAUCAUCUAUCAAGCUUAGCCAAUGUAACCAAUCUCACAGCUCUACUACAUUUGGAUAUCUCUUAUAAUCCGAUAGGGCCAUUGAACGUCACAACUUUUGAUCACUUAAAAAGGUUACGGAAUCUUUACUUGAGAGCAAAUACCAUUCGAGAAUUGAAAUUCGGCAUGUUCUCGAAGCAGAAAUCUCUGGAAAUUCUGGAUCUCUCAUUUAAUAACCUCACCACUCUCAAUUUGGAUUUGUUUGUGCCUUACCUAAGCAACAUAAAGCAGUUCUUCGUGGAUGGCAAUAUUCUCAGCGAGCUUCAGGGCCACAGACGUUUUUCACAGGCCUUCCCCUUAUUACAAAAACUGGGCAUCUCCAAGAAUCGCUUUAAUUGCUCUGUGCUUCACAAUCUAUUGAUACCGCCAUUCCUCUCGGAAACUGUGAACUUGCAUAUUGAACCUGACGAAUCUGUUGAGGAAACGCCGCAUAUUAGGGAUGUUUCUUGCGUUAGUCAGGCCACACUGGACUCCAAUUCUUCUACCAAGUCAGAGCCUAUUAUGGCUUUACAACAUCAAUUAGAUAUACUACGAGCCUAUUCAGAAAAUUUGAAGCUUCAUUUGCAUUUCAUGAAUAUCUUCUUUUAUGUUUUCGGUGGACUUUUGCUUACAGGAACAACUGCUUUAUUAACAUUAAGAUAUAUCAAAAUUCGCCGAUCAGGUCGGUAUAAUAGAAGCAGCAUAGUAUUUCAAUCAAAUGCCACCAUGGAUGCCAAUCUAUGAAUCUAAUUAUAACUAUAUAGCGAUAAGAAUCAGGGAAUGCAACGUCAAAUAAAUAUAUGUACAUAUAUAUCAU